AGCCCUGCUCUGGCCGAGGUUCAGUUUCAGUUUGAGGAAUGCUGCCCCUGACUUGUUGCCCUGUAGUUUUCUGUACAUGCGUACUCCUCCCCUCCCUCACAGUGUCAGCAGUGUAACUCCAGAGUUGCAGAGUCAUGUUGAUGCACAAAUUCCUCCCCACCAGCAGCACCACCAUCUCCACCGCAGUCUCUGGAUAGUCAGCCCACAGCGACGCAGAGCAGCAGCGACACGCACAGCUCCGCACAUUCACACUUUUAAUGUGAAGCUGCUGGUUUCCUGACAGCGCGUGAAGCUUCAACCAGCACCCGGGAAAGCCUCCUGCUGUCGCGCGGAAAACUCCCCGAAGUGACUCCCGUGUUGUUCUCAUUAUAUGGAGUUUAACAGCUGCUAAACUGGUGCUUUUUUAGGAUAAGCAACACAACAGAAGUUAAAGAAAUCUCUGCCACCAUAUAUCGGAUUGUGCAGCUAUACACAUUUGACAACCACUUCCCCUUUUUUCAUGUGGAGCAGUACAUUGCAGAGGAAUCUCUGAAAUGUCAGAAUGGAUGACUUUCAAAAGCCUGAAACCUGUAAAAUCUGGAUUUACAGCGAUUUAACGAUGAUGGUUUGACUUGUGCUUUGGGAAAUCUCUGACCUUGACUCAAAGGCUCAGUCAGUCAUGUUGGAGCCUGGAUCUGUGGACGAGGGAGUAUUAUGUGGUUCACCAUCAGUCUGCAAGUUUGUUUACCCGCCGUAUCUGUGCAGGGAAACAUUUGAGGUGAAUGUAUUUGAUGUGGCAACAGGUUUUUUCUCUGGACUUCUACCUCUACCUGCUGGUUGUUUCCAGGAUCACCAAUGGAUAGUACCGAAUGCAUUGCCCCUUGAGGAAGAAACGGCCCACACGGGACUCUGAUUUCUCGGCCAUCGCCGUCCCCUCGAUGCAAGGUUCAGGUUAUCUUGACUACAACGUCGAGACCCACGCUUCCAGAUCUCUGGAGGUCAUGGAGGAAUUCAGACGGCAGGAGAUGCUGUGUGACCUCGUGCUGCACGUCACAUACAAGGAAAGGACGGUGGACUUCAAGGUUCACAAGGUGGUGCUGGCCUCCUGCAGCCCAUACUUCAGAGCCAUGUUCACCAGCAACUUCAAAGAGCGUCGCGCCUCGGAGGUCACUCUGCGCGAUGUCUGCCCCCAGGUGGUGGGAAUACUUAUUGACUUUGCCUACACCUCCCACAUCACAGUGGGAGAGAAGUGUGUGUUGCACAUUCUUAUGGCUGCUAUGAGGUAUCAGAUGGAGGACGUGGCCAGGGCAUGCUGAUUCCUCAAUAAUCACAUGAGCCUGCUGAAGUGUCAUGGCAUCGCCCGUUUUUCUGAGGAGAUCGGCUGCUCCGAAAUGCAACAGCGGAGUCGAGAGUAUAUCAACACACACUUCAGUGAGGUGACGAAAGAAGACGAGUUCUUCAGCCUCUCUCACUGCCAGCUGCUGGAGCUCAUCAGCCAGGACAGCCUCAAGGUGCUCUGCGAGUCCGAGGUGUAUAAGGCCUGCACAGACUGGGUCCGCUGGGAUAUGGAGGGUCGAGCCCAGUACCUGCACGCCCUCCUGAACGCGGUCCAUAUCUACGCCCUGCCGCCUAAGUUCCUAAAGAACCAGCUCAUGUCCUGUCCCAUCCUCAGCAAGGCCAAUUCCUGUAAGGACUUCCUGUCUAAAAUCUUUCAGGAUAUGACAUUGAGGAAGCUACCUCCUGGCCCUAAUCGCGGCACUCAGCUCAUCUAUGUGGCCGGCGGAUACCGGCAGCAUUCACUGGCCUCCAUGGAGGCUUAUGACCCGCGGAGGAAUGUGUGGCUAAGGCUGGCUGACAUGGGGUCUCCAUGCAGUGGUCUGGGGGCCUGUGCGCUGUUCGGCCUGCUGUACACUGUCGGAGGCAGGAACCUGUCGCUGCAGGACAACACGGAGUCCAGCGCGCUGUGCUGCUACAACCCGAUGACCAACCAGUGGAGCCAGCGAGCCUCGCUCAACACCCCCAGGAACCGGGUGGGGGUGGGCGUGGUGGACGGCUGCAUCUACGCUCUCGGAGGUUCCCAGGCCUCCACACAUCACAACACGGUGGAGAGGUGGGAUCCAGAGUCUAAUCGCUGGUCCUUUGUUUGCCCGAUGUCGGUGGCUCGUCUGGGGGCAGGAGUGGCGGCGUGUGGGGGGGUUCUGUAUGUGGUGGGGGGGUACGAUGGGCAGAACCGCUGGGACACUGCUGAGAAAUACCAGCCCGACACCAACACCUGGCAACAACUGGCCCCCAUGACGAUUAUACGCAGUGGACUGGGGCUGGUGUGUCUGAACUCUCACCUCUAUGCGAUAGGAGGGUAUGAUGGGCUGAGCCAGCUGUGUUCUGUGGAGCGUUACAAUAUAGCCAGGAACCAAUGGGAGCCCAGGGCCUCCAUGCAGUACUGCCGCAGUGCCCACGGAGUCACGGUGCACCAGGGACGCAUCUUUGCCCUCGGAGGCUUUAACCAGAACGGCUUCCUGUCCAGUGUUGAGUGUUACUGCCCAGACAGAAAUGAAUGGACGUGCGUAACCAACAUGCCCGUCGGACGCAGCGGGAUGGGCGUCGCUGUUACCAUGGAGCCCUGUCCCGGCAGCCUGCCAGAACAAGAGGAGGAUGAGGAUGGAGCCUCAUGAUGAGUACGAAAUCUGUUGAAGUCUCAAGUAUUGAAUACAAGUGGUGCUGCUUUUCAAGAGAGAGUUAAGUGCAUUCAAUAAAAAAAACAUUCCAAUAUGAAAACUCCUCACACAUCCCCGAUCUCAUUUGUAUCGUCCCCUUGAAGUACUGCAGAUGUAGAUUAUGCAGAAACGCUGAAAAGGACGAAUAUUUCUACAUCUGCUCGGGAAAACUGUUAGCAUGACAGUGACCUCACAAUGAACAAGGUGCUACAGAUGUAAUCAUGGAUAAUGGUACUAUUUAAUUUAGUAUUAUUAUCUCUCACCUGUUUCAAUCACUUAGCGUUUUUAAUGGUAAAUGUACAAAGUGAAUGGCCUUCAGUGUCCUGAUUUCUAAAUCCUCACUCUGUGUUGUAUCACUACCUCUUCUCUGUGUCUCUGUCUAUUUGAGCACUUUUCUGAUUGUGUUUUCAUUGUUUUGUGCCAACACAGUUUCACCGAAAACUGCCAUUUUUUGUAUUGUAUUCAUUUUUGUUUGUUUGUAUGUGCAUUCACAAUAUUUAAUUGUGUGUCUCUGAAAAUAAAGUUAAUCAAAUUUGUAUUUCU